GCAGGUAAGGGCAGUCUUUGGUCUUUGGAGUCUACCUUGGGCUACAUAGGCUAAGGCUGUAGCUUCUGUGGCGGCGCACUGCUCGCUUACAUAGCAAAGCAAAGGCAAAUUAAGCCAAGCAAAGACCAUAUGCGUAGUAUUAUCAGCACCACAUAACAUAUUCACACCUUUUUUUACUCACCCCAAUCCUUUAUAUAUGUACUUUUUUCUUUUCUCUCUCCAAGACCCAUUUACAUUCUUGUUCUGGAAUUUUCAGUUAGGAGGAGUAGAAGAGAGAAAACCCAAUAAACCUCUCUUUAUCAAAGUCUUUUCCAUUUUGGUUUCUGGGGUUUUCAGUGAAGAGGCCGAGAAAGGGGAAGAAAACUCAUUACAGAUGUCUUUCUGAGUGUUGUUUCUCAUUUUGGUUUCUGGGUUUUUGAGUUAGAAGGAGGAGAAAGAGAGAAACCAUACUAAAAGAGCCAAGAGUAGCGGUAGUGAUUAUCUCUGCUUUUUUCACAUGGCGGUUCUGGGACAGAGCCAAUAUGUAGGUCCUAUGCCUUUGAGUAGGACAGAGUCGUUUGGUUCAGGGUACUACAACUACUUGGAUCAACAGAGCAAUAGUGGCUAUAAUUACUAUACCAACUUGAAUGGUAACUCUACGAUGAUAGAAAAGAGGCAACUUUUUCUUAGAAGCUAUCAGUUUUGCAGAAAAAAGAGCUUGACUGAAAGGAUCAAGAUUUCUUUGGUCAGAGCAAAACGGGUCAUAUGGCUAAGGCUCAAGUCUGCUCGUAGGUUCAGGAAGUUGGCAUGUUUUAGAUUCAGAUGUGGCUUUUCUUACCGGAGAAGAAGAUUUAUUCGUCUGCUAAACAACCACAACAAGUGCAAUAAUAGUAAUUCCCACUGCUUCUGGUAGAUUUAUGGAACUUAUUUUAAUUUAAACCUUUUUUAAAAAAAAAAAUUUGCAUAAAAAUUUUCUUUUAGUUUAAGGGUCAGGGAAUGAAGGAAUUAGUAACAUUACAAAAAGUGGGGUUCAUUUCAUCUAGUUUCUUGUUAAAUCAGUCUAUCAUACUCACCCACCAACUCAAAACUUUGUGUCAUUUGCUACAGUUGUAUGAUAUUGAUAUAUACAAAUGAUGAUGUUUCUGUUACAA